CGCGCUGCGUGCUGGACAAGAACCACGUGAUGCUGUCGAUGCAGGCCAUCGGGCGCUUCCACGCCUUCUCGUACGCGGCCAAGGCGCGGUGCCGCAGGGAGCUGCUGGAGACCAUGGUGCCCCUGCUCCGCGAGACCAACUUCACGCCGGCCUGGGACGAGAUGUGGGGCCCCAAGGUGAAGGGCCCGAUGCUGCGCGGCCUGACCAGGGCAGAAGCGCGCCUCAAGGCCGCCAAGGACGGCGACAAGGACAGGCACCAGCGCCGCCUGGAGAGGCUGGCCCGCAUGCGCGCCGUCGCCGACAACGCGUUCCCCGUCAUGAAGGCCGCCGUCGCGGUGCAGGAGCCGGCCAGCGUCAUCGUGCACGGCGACUUCUGCAGGAACAACAUGGCGUUCCACUACGGCAAGGCCGGCCCGGACGGCCCCGCCGACGGCGUCUGCCUCUUCGACUUCCAGACCUCCAGGUACUGCUCCCCGUCCGUCGACCUGUCCUUCUUCAUCUUCCUCAACACGUCGGCCGCCCUCCGCGCGGAGCACUGGGACGACCUGUUCCUCGAGUACUUCGGCAGCCUCAAGGCCACGCUGGACCGCCUGUUGGACGGCCACCCCAUCGACAAGGAUUUCGUGAUGCCCACGCUGCAGGGCGUGCACGAGGACUUCCGGCGCCACGCCCUCAUGGCCUACGUCAUCUGCAGCUUCUUCCUGCCGCAGAUGAUGUUGCCCCCGGAGGAGAUUGUGGACAUCGAGGAGAUCAAGGAGACCUUCGCGAGGGACGGCGGGGAAGCCUUGAUGGCGUCGAUGCUGGACAUGGGCGGCGAGGAGGCGACCGAGGCGCUGGCCGACAUGGUGAUGGACUUCCUGGACAGGGACCUGGUGCCCUGAGGGCGCCUGGGACCUGAUGUCCCUUCUGGCUCUGGUUCGAUCAGCACUCGACACUUCACGCACAUGUAGACUUCGCCCCGGACGCCACAAACUCCCGGAUGCAACCCAACCCGUGAGCUAGGUGGCGCGCUCAACUCACUUUUUAAUGACUUUUGAUCGUCACUCGGUGACGAGUAAACUGAAAGGUUCAGUUGAUUCGUUUUCGGGUCCGAAGUUUUUAGUUUUGUAUCUCCUAGCUCAGUUCACGUCGCUUAUGACAAAUGAAAGUCGUGAUUGAGUCGUGCUCAUUCUCUGUGAUAUUUCUCGUUUUCACACCUCUUCGUGAAGAGGUUUUUUCUGUGAGGUUUCUCUUCCUUCGUGGUAGUACGUCGCACACUGUCGCUAUGAUCUGUUUCAGCAUCAUCAUCUUGCACUCCGUGCCUCAUGUUCCUCUGUCCUGUAUGCUUUAUGUUGGAGUAAUGAUAAUAUUACGUGCAGUGGUAAGCACGGUUAUGUAAAGCAGCAAAUAAAUCAAUCUUAAAUUAGA